AUGGAGGUGAACGUGUCCACCUGCCUCUCUCUGUUGGUUUAUAUCUUCACAUUUCUGCUUGGACUUCCUGCCAACCUCCUUGUUCUUUUCGUCUACGUCCGGAAAGCUCGAAAACACGGUGCCACACCCAACGUAGUUUACGCUCUCAACCUGUGCGUAGCAAAUUUGGCACUCGUCUCAUGGAUGCCCAUCAAAGUAACCGAGACGGUCCUUCGGGGCUGGAAACUUCCAGCUGCGGUGUGUCCCAUUUACAGCUUCUUUCUGUUCUCCUCACUUUACGGGAGCAGCCUUCUGCUCACAGCCGUGGUCGUGGGCCGCUACCUGAGCAUUGCCUACCCCAUUACCUACAAGAUUUACCGCAGAGCCCGAACUUCUUGCCUGGUGAGUGCCAUCUUGUGGGCUUUGGUGAUUGUACACUGUGGUCUUGCUUUGAUUGUGGAAGGAGGAGGCCAGUUCGUUUCAUUUACGGAACUGAACGCCUCCUCAUGCUAUGAGAACUUCACACACGAGCAGUUAAAACUUCUGGUGCCGUUGCGUUUAGAGAUGUCGCUGGCUCUGUUCCUGGUGCCUUUGAUGAUGUCGGCGUUCUGCACUUUGCGCUGCGUAGUGCUCGUGAGGCGCUCUUGCUUGUCCUCGGUUGGUAAAAGGAGGGUGCUCAUAAUUGCACUCUCAACACUGGCGGUGUUUGUGGUCUGCUAUGGACCCUACAACAUAUCUCACGUGGUGGGGUUUGUUCAGUACACCAACGUGGAAUGGAGAAGCGAAGCCAUGCUGACCAGCUCCUGCAACGUCUUCCUGGAGCCUGUGAUCAUGCUGAUGAUGUCGCCAUGGACACCAAAGGAUUUAGUUGACAGAAUGUGCAACAGGCGAGGAACUAAAUCCAGCUACAGGUCGUGGCAUUUGGGCAAUGGUAAGGAAUCUUCCAAGAACCUUCAAGGGACUGCACACGGGGUGACGACUAUAACCAAGCAGCACUGA